UCCAGAGUGCGUUCCGGGAAUUGUAGUCCACGUUGUGUAGUCAGACAUGAACGCGGCAACUGGGCAGAGGAUGGUGACCCGCCGCAUGAGCCGCUGUUCUGGGCAGCGGCUGGUCCCAGAGGAUAAGCUUCCACCGCCCCCUGGCAAAGAGCCAGUCGCAGGGAAAAGGGAAAGGCCCAAAUCCCUGAGAAGACAACGGAAGGUGAAACUUGAGAUGGCUUAUGAGUCUUUGGAUAGAGAUGGUGAAGUGGAUGGUAAUGACACUACUUCCAAGAAAUCCAAAUGGGAACCCCCAAACUGGAAUCUCCAGCUAGAGAAUAUCCGGGAAAUGAGGAAGUCAAAAGAUGCACCUGUUGAUCACAUGGGAGCUGAGCACUGUUAUGACCCAAAUGCUCCUCCAGAGGUGAUGAGAUACCAAGUGCUACUGUCACUGAUGCUGUCCAGCCAGACUAAAGACCAGAUCACAGCAGCUGCCAUGGGGCGGCUUAGGGAAAGAGGCCUGACUUUAGACAGCAUCUUGCAAAUGGAUGAUACUACCUUGGGUCAGCUCAUCUACCCAGUUGGCUUUUGGAGGAGCAAAGUGCGGUACAUAAAGCAGACAAGCACAAUCCUGAAGCAGCAAUAUGGUGGCGACAUCCCUGCCACUGUGGAAGAACUGGUGGCGCUUCCUGGCGUUGGACCCAAGAUGGCGCACUUGGCCAUGGCCAUUGCCUGGGGCAAGGUGUCGGGCAUCGCAGUGGACACACACGUACACAGGAUUGCCAACAGAUUAAAGUGGACCAAGAAGGAGACCAAGUAUCCUGAGGAAACCAGAGCUACCCUGGAGGACUGGCUGCCAAGGCAGCUAUGGAAGGAGAUUAACUGGCUGCUGGUGGGCUUUGGCCAGCAGACCUGCCUGCCAGUAAACCCUCGGUGUGGUGACUGCCUCAACCGGGGUUUGUGCCCAGCAGCCCAAAGUCCUUAAGAAGACUGCAACUUUAGUGUGGGGAUGCGAGGGUCGCAAGGGUAGGCAGCCAGUGUUGAAAUCACCAUCAAGUGCCGAUAAUUUGUACCCACAAUGGCUCUGUUUAAUAAAGUUUGUUCUUUUGUGAUUGGAAA